UUUUUCGCCUCACUUCAUUCGAUUCGGCAUCGUUGUCAAAACUGUCUGUGUAUUGCAUACAACAUACAAAAAAUAAAAUACAGCAAAAAAUUGAAGCGGUUCACAAGGGUCGCUAAGAUUUUUUUUUUGUGUGUUUGAAAGUAGUGAACGAGAAAUCGACUGAAGAAAAAUGGCAAAAGUAACAGAGGACUUCUAUUUGCGUUAUUACGUUGGACACAGAGGUAAAUUCGGUCAUGAAUUUUUGGAAUUUGAAUUCCGACCGGACGGUAAACUACGAUAUGCAAACAACUCCAACUACAAAAAUGAUACAAUGAUUCGAAAAGAAGCGUACGUUCAUCAUACGGUUAUGGAAGAGCUGAAACGAAUUAUUGUUGACUCGGAAAUUAUGCAAGAAGAUGAUUCAUUGUGGCCACCUCCAGAUCGUGUUGGUCGUCAAGAGUUGGAAAUUGUGAUUGGUGACGAGCACAUUUCAUUCACCACAUCGAAAACCGGUUCGCUAGUCGAUGUCAAUCAAUCCAAAGAUCCAGAAGGUCUUCGUGGUUUCUACUACUUGGUCCAGGAUUUAAAGUGCUUGGUAUUCUCUUUGAUCGGACUCCAUUUCAAAAUCAAGCCAAUAUAAAUGGAAGCAGCAUUUUCAAUACAUACCGUAUCACUUUAAUUUAUAGCUAAUCUUCUUAUUCUUCAUUUGAUUUUUUGGUAAAUAAAAACACAGCACACAAGAAGAGUACA